UCUCAGUAUUGUACAAGGAGUCAAUUUAUGGAUGUUCAGCUGUUUCCAGUCAUUCGUUCUUGUAUUUGUUUCUUCUGAGCGGUGAUUACGUUUGUGUUUAUCCUUUUCUUUUCUUGCAUCUGACGUUUUGAGCCAUGGUUAAUCUCUUGCCAAUCGGAGAGCUGGGCAUUGGCAAGCCUUUGGAGCAUUGGUGGCAAUGGGCGUUCAUUGGUAUUGCGGCAUGUUCAGCCUUAGCGGGGUCAAUAUCAUUUAUCUUGGUACUGGUUAACAUUAUCAAAGACUGGUCAAAGAGAGAACGAAAAUCGAAGUCCAUACCCCCGCGCUUAAAAGCAUUUUUGGAAUUCCACGAGAGUGGUUCCCCUCAAAUCAUCAGCGAGAAGCCUCGACUCCCGGCUUCGUCCUUCGGAGUAUACCUUGGAGGAUUCGAUAGCUAUCCCACACAAGCCGAAGCCGAGCUUUUGACAAGAUGGGAUAUCUUGAUCUUGGAUCCUUUGCAGGUAGGAGUUCACGAAGCGAUCGCAAAUGUUCGCCCAUCUAGCCAACACACACGAGUUGGACGACUCAAUCUUCGAGAGCUCCAUGCUCUAAAACAGAAGCAAGAUGAUCAAGACAUCAUUGUGGCUGUUGAGAAAGUUCGUGACGUGAUAGAGAAACGGUUCAGGAACUCCAACACCCAGUCUUCGGCGUUUUCUGGAGUUUUGUUAGCAGGAUGGGAGGAUUGGCUUCCAAUGCCGGUAUUCGAUGCUCUAGUACAAUAUGUGCGCAGUCAUGGGCUGGAUAUCUAUCUCGAAAUUGCACCGCCCAAUUUCCUAGGGAAGGAGAGUCCCAAUAUGGCCAAUUUCGCUGGAGUGGUUGUCAGAAAUGGCACGAUUCUGACAAGUGGCCAUGUGAGAGACUAUUUCCAGAUGGCUGUGAUGAAGUCCACGGUCAAGGCCUUUGUGACCCAGACAUGUCUGCGGGACUUCAGGGUGAUGGUAUGGGAGACAGUGGAUGACGAGAAAUCUUUGUCUCAUUCAGUGAUCAAAAGAUGUUAUAUUUGGUGCAGGUACUACAGUGCUAUGGUAUUCAUCAAUUCGAAGGGAGCUUUAUUCGAUGCGGCGAGCAAAGGAGUCCCGGAACCACUUGCAGCUUUUCAGUGGCUGAAGGAUCAAAGAGUGAUGAAGUUACACAAUCAGUGGCGGUCGACUCAUCAGCUUGUGUCGAAUCUAACAGCUGGUGCAUCAAUCGCACAGCUCGAGAAAAUUGUCCCGAGCUUGAAGUACCUGGCACCAGUUUUAGAUCUUUCAGACAAGUCUCAGAACUUUCAUAAAGCCGAUGCCAGUCUAGAUCUAAGCAUUAUCGAUCUUUAUGCCCGAGACGAGAAGAAUGGGAGCUGGUUCCAGAAAAUGCCCAAGAUUCGGGGCAGCCCGCUGUCAUUUUCUCCAACAGGGGAAUCCUACAACUUGCUCGGAUGUUUUCCGAUUGGCCUCCAUGCAACCCAAGACGACUACAACUCAGUUGUGCAAACACAGCGUCAUCUACUUCGCAUGGGGAAGUUAGACCAAAUACCACCAUCGAAGCUCCGCACCAUGGGAACCUUUUUUCGUAAACUGCACCACGACGGAUUUACCCCUAACUCGAAUCACAUCGAUAAUACUGCCCUUCAAUCGAUAAACGAGCUCGCUCAGGGUCUUUGGGCCGCUUCUGAUUCGGAAGAAAUCUUGGAUCCGAUUGAAGUCUUCAUUGGCUUAGAUUCUGGAUUCCGUACACCAGCAGGCGUCCAAUUUUGGGCUGUAUCUGAUGUUGACGUUGAGACUGGCACUCUCACAAUCUAUGUAUCGAGAUAUGCAUCUGAUCUCGAGAAUACGAUUCUCCACGCGUAUCUAUCUAACAAGGGCUGUUCCCGCCAUGCAUGCUUUGCGACCGAGAUCUCCGCAGCUGAAUUCACUGCUGGACAACCCCAGAAAACUUUACCGAAGCGAUUUCUCCAAGAUAUCAAGCUCCUCACUCCAUCUGAUAUCAUCUACUUUUUCCAGCACUUGAAGGUGUCAGAUCCAGAGAAUGGAGACAUGCUAGUCAGCCAAGUGCGAGCUCUGCUUGAAGAGCAGAUUCUCGAUGGGCCAUCGUUUGGGCAGUUAAGAGAGUUGGAUACUGCUGGAUAUCUGAGUGGCAAAAUUCCAGAACAGAUGAUUAUUGAGUCACGAGGGCUUUGGUACGAGAAGCAUGGGUACCAGCAUUUUGAUAUUGAUGUUGCUCUGAAAGUAUUCCGAGAUGUGGCGUCCAAUUUCGUGGAGAUUUUAUGCUCGAGGAGGCACGACGACCUGGAGAAAAUCACAGAUGUUCUCGAAUCUGUGAUUACGGCUGAUGGCUUUGAUGCAUACUCAGAUAUUGUUGCUCUUGCCAUAUUCUGUGCUGCAAGGAAAGCUGCCUACAACGAAAUCUACCUCGAGGUAUCAGACCGGAACCCGCUUUUCAACGAGUAUUCGGACCAGGCUGGAGCUUUCUCGGAGCUGUUUGCUUUGGGUUCGAGAUGCGAGGACUACUUUGACCUUACUCCCAGCGCAUUCGGAAAGAUUCUUUCAGACCGUCACCGAGAACACUACAGCAAGCCGCAUAACCAGCCACCUCUCCAGAUCGAUUACGCCACUGGAUACGCCUCGUCGUACGCGGUCGCUCAAAUUGAUAUCGAUGAUAGUGUCAAGCCAGCCGUGAUGCCAGGAUAUCAGCGCCUCAGCUUCCUGAGUGUUUUUGCCAUUCCGGCUUUCAUUGAUGUCUUGCUAUUGACUACCACUGGGCAUGGUCUCUACCUCAGCUCGUUCAUGUCCGAUUCGGAGAAGAAAAGCUCAACCAUCGCUCUGAUGAUAUCUCUCCCCCUUUCCAGCGCGAUUGGAACCUGGAUUUCCAUCGGAGGUAGCUACUAUCUCAACUCCGUCGCAUUUCCAGCAGCGAACAUGUAUGUCAUCACUCGCCUUGUAGGAGGCCUGGUGAUUACAUUCACUGGUGGUCUCAUUGGCUUCGUUAUAGUUUCUGCCGCUUACGCCAGCUUUCAGGAUGGAAUUGUCUUCAUCCUUUAUUUCAUUGCUCUGACAUCUUAUCUGUCGCUGCUGGCUGUUCUGUCGAGUUACCAAUAUCUAGGGUCCGCUUUCCAAAAUGGUCGAACCAUCAUCUUGUCUUCGGUCCCUAUUCUAGGCGUUGCACCGAUUGUUACCAUAUUCGUUACCGGCUACGACACCAUCAUCUAUCUUGUCGCGCUGUUCAUAUUCAUCGGAGUCAUGGUAAUGGGUGCAAGAAGAGUUGGUGCACAGUGGGUGACCUGGUAUCACAAAAUCAACGCCAUCGACGACAAGAAGCUCAAAGAGUGGUAUAUCAAAGUCAAAGGGCAAGGCGACAAGAAUGUCUUCAGUGGAAUGACCGAUCCAGCUGCACUGGUUCUAGCAAGAGCCGCUCUCCUACAAGAUGUCAAGAAAGAAAGAUCGCGAAAGUUUUGGAUGCCCGUUACAUCAGAUCAGUUGGUCCUUCAACUUGCUAAGGGAUGGGAUGCCACUAUCUUUCUUCUAGAAUGGUACUGUCGCCUUCAAGGUUCAAAACAGCCGAUUCCAUACAGCUCCACUUGGAACGUUCAAGUCAAAGUUGGUCUUGCCAGUCUGAUCGAGGCCCAAAGAGGCAUUCGUCUACACAAUGGCUUCGUUCUGUGGCGCCAAGCUGGAGAUGAGGUUGUUUGUGGCGUUCUCUAUUUCCUGAUCGCACUCUUGGAUCGUUGGGUAGAACUGCUCACCGGCGGCAAUCUUCUAAGUCUCUUGAAUGACAAAUCUGAUACGGUCCGCAAAGCAACAGCUCUUGGACUAGCUUACUAUCUGAUCGGCUCUGUCAUCUUGGACUACAAAUCGUACACCUUGAACGGACUAAUCGAAGCCCAGAACCCUGAACCUAUUCGCUCCGCUGCACAUAUCCGCGAAGCGAUGGUCAAAACUGCGAAGGCUAGACAGAAGUUAUACUUCUCAACUUUUAGCCAAUUCCUUUCCGUUCAUGUCUGGUCAUUGGCUCUCACUACAACCCUUUUAUUUGUCCUGGAUGGCACCAAAGACGGACUACUUGUCUUCUUAUCAUUGGUUUUCGCAUACUCUGGCUUGUUGCUUUACCAGUACAAUAAAGUCUUCUCUGGACCGAGGACGAUAAAGCCCCUACUCAUAGCCCUCGGAGUUGGUCUACCCCUCGGGAUUGUCAUCAAACUACUGCAACCUCAGAUGAUUUACAACACCAUCAUUCCACUUGCCACUGCAACAUGGAUAGCCGCCCUACUCUCCAUACGGACCGCCAAAAUUGGAAUGCCUCGAAAGCCAGCCAAUAACGACCCAGGAAAUCAAGGCUUGUUCCAUGCCUACUCCGGGCUUGGAGAUGACCAACACUGGAGCCAGAGUGAGCUUGCAAACUUUUUCAACAACGUAUCAGCGACUACUCUGGGACUCACGACCAGCACCGAGGCGAACAGUCUUCUUGGAAUUGAAGUUCGAGCCAUAUUGAUGUCUUGUAGUCAGCAGCACCUCUGGCAGCCAGCAGCCAAGGCAUUCCCAGACUCGUACAGUCUCGUGGGAGAAAUCAGCAAGAAGUGGAAUGAUGGCACCAUCAAGCUCCAAUUGGUGUCAAUGCAGCGGCAUCUCCCUUCCAAAGCAAAUAUCAGAGCAAUCAGCUGCUUUAGCAGCGAUGGAAAUCUUCAUAUCCUGGUCAACCUUCCUGAAGAAGGAAGCUCGGCACGCCGGCCUUUCGCAAACAACAAUUAUCAAUUUAUUGCUGAAAUCAUGCUUCACGCAGGUGCUGAGUUCCUCAUGGGCAUGACACAUGAUAGUAGCGUGCUCGCGGAAUCGCUUCCAGCUUGUCGACAAGUCAGCGGGCACGAAAAGUACAAGGUCUCGGAAAGCGUCAGAAGAGAUAUUGCAGCAGACGAAUCACCAGAGAAUCGCUCGCUAGCGAUUUCGAAUGCCAAGAAAGAGUUGAUUCAGCAAUCUUGCUUCGGACUAGACUGCGACCUGAUGUGGGACAAACUCCCAGGUGAAAUCAGAAGCAUUCUGUUCCGCCGGUGCUUAGGCGAGAGAUACGAUCUGACCUCGGCGAAUUCUCAAUGGCUGAAACGUGCCUUGUUGAAAGAAUCCAGAGUCGAUCUCCAAACAUUCAUUGCUCAAUGCGAUUUUGGCGUCCUGUUAGCGAUGAACAAGCUUAGAUUCUUCAAGUCCCUAAAAUCAGAGGAUUCGCUCGAAAAGCUGGCCGGACUGCUGCGGAGGAAUAUCCAAUCUCCGAACAGUGACGAUUUCCAAUUCGAUGCCGAACCUACUUCAUACAAGAAGUACAUCACAAGUCCCUUGCUCGGCAUUUAUCAUGGGAUAGGCGUCUGGCUCAAGUUCUUCAUCGUUUCCCUGGUGGCAGAUCCAGAAUUCCACAGAGAAUUGAGGUUUACGCUUGCAGUGAGAUCGCAGAUCUUCUCCAAUGUGGCAACUUUUCUUCUCUCAACAACAUGGAUCAUUGCAAAGAAUGCGCAGAAUAUACUUCUGCCAUGGUUUUUAUUCCACAAUCGAGAAAAGGCCCAAAAGACCUGGGAUGGCACUAAAGGUACCGUUUACUCAUUGAAGAAGAACCGUCUUAUCAUCCAGAGUCUUGAUGAUACAUCGACUUCAUUCUUUCACAUCCGACCACAGAAAGACUUCAAGCUUUGCAAGUACGCAAAGCUUCUCGACAAAGAGCCUGAAGGAUCCGUUGACCUUCAGGGUGUGAGCCAUUUCUCGGCAAACAUGCUUCUGCUGUCUCGAGAAGUGUAUGGCAAAGAUGGACUGAAGAACGAAUACCAGUAUGAGUACGCGAACAAGAUCACAGGAGGUGUUCUGAGAAAGAAUCGUAAUCCACGCAUUCCACUUUCUCGCACAUGUAUUACAGGAGAAGACGAGUUCCAGACAGUGCACUUCAACAAAAAGGGCUUCAUCGAAUCUGGUAGCUAUGUGUUCAAAGACACGGAAAGUUUGGUGCGAUUCAAAUACCACUACAGGAAGAACGCUCAGUUCGACGAUGAGCUGCUCCGAGCCGAGUUCGUCUUCCCUCACGUCACUUGCAACAUCAAUUGGUGUGCUCCUCCAGCUCGUCACCCAGGCAAGAUGGAGAGAUGGAUCCCCAAUUCUCGCGUUACGGAAGCCACCUUUGUUCGUGGCGAGGAUGUCUACGAGAGUACUUGGUUCUACGAUCAUCAGCAUCACCCAACGAUUACAACUAUGUUGAAUGGUCAAAGAUGUGAUACUCCAGACUUGAUUAUGGAAGAUUGGCUCGGAGUAUUGAAGAAGCCUACCAAUUGCAACUUCAGGAUGGACAACCCACUCCUUGACUUCCCCUCUCUGAAGACAAAUUUCUUCUCGCGACAACUCCGGUUAAACGUGAAGCGCUCACCCAUCUCAACAUCUCGCGCGAGAUCCCAACUUUGGAGGGCUUGGAAGAACGACAAGUACUUCGACGGUGUCCUCACCCGAUUCCUCGACGAACGACUCCUACGCGAAGAGCCUUUACUCAAGCCCUACUGGCUCAAGAGAGAUCGCGGUGCAUUGACUGGUGCCGAAGGAUACUUGAUCAUGCACACGGACGCCAUCAUGGCCAGCUCCGAGCUUUCAAACGAUAUCAGUUCUUGGACUCCAUUAGCUAUCAAACUUGGAGAUCUUCAUGGCUUCGGUCAAGGAGGAGAUGCUUUGAUGUUCACCAGAAGUCAAACCUUGCAGCAGGAUACGAGUGAAAAUCUGCACGUCAUGGCUGUCGAUACUGGGACUUGGCCUAACGAAGGUGGCGGAGUCUCUGCUUGUCGUCGUGAUAUGGUCAACAACCUCAAGUCUAUCAAGUGGCAUAUGGUUGUGGAGAGUGCCAACGAUUUCGGCUUGCCCAAACAUCAAAUCGAGGAGAACGUGCAGUCGUUGAAGGUUGUCCCACUCUGGGGUUUGGAUUUCUUGCAUCCAGUUCACGGUGUGUUCCAUAACAAGCUAGACAGCGAAGUCAAUCCAGUCGCCAGAAACGCCAAGUUCGAAGACAUCCAGAAAACCUUCAUUCCAGCUCUGACUGCACUCGUCAAAGCUGCGCGCGCGAAGACACUCUCUGCAAGUGAUAUCCAUCAAGCGACACGAGCGCUCGUGGAUCUCAAUACCUACUUUGAAGGACCUCGCCAUUGGGCUUCAGUGUGGACAAGUGACGCUGUCAAGAAUGCAUGGAGAAAUCUGUGGCUGUCUGAGACACUGCCGAACACCAAACCUCCUUCCGAAUGGUUCGAAACCGAAUUGCCUACUUUAGGUCAUCUCGACGCAGCUAUGGAUUUGUGGUUCAGAUAUCUCUUCAUCUUCUCCAUUCCCGUGCCAGAAGAAAUCCCGGCAGUUUUCCAGGCCUCACAUCACAGUGUCUCGGCAUCUUACGGUGUUGUUUGCAAGAUGAAGCGCAACUGCACACUUCAAAUCUGGGAUCACGCAAUCAGUUGGCGUGAGACGAAUCUCUACCUGUCAUCUGCAUUAUGUGUCCUCCAGCCUUUCGUGCGAAAUUCCUUGUUAGGAUUAAUGAGGGUCACUGCUGUCCUGGCACUGCACCAUGCUGAUCAAGUUCUUCCCUGCGCUGAUUUCUUCAACAUUGGGUGGGAGAUCGAAGUGGGAUCGCACUACGGCAAUUUAGAGCAUCGCAGGAAAUUCGCUCGUAAAAUCGAUCCCGUCGUCAACGGUAUUCCAGAUAUGAAGAAAUUCUCGCCUGUAGCGGAUAUCUCAACGGAGAAGCCUACGGUCACUAUGCUUUCCCACGUCUGGUUCGCAAAGGAUAUCAAGACAGCUAUCUUGGCAGCCAAUGUCAUUGUCAAUGAAUGGGGUUUCAAGGAUUAUCAGCUGCAUAUUUAUGGUGCUUUGGACAAGGAUCCAGUGUAUUCAGCAGAAUGUCAGGAGAUCCUGGCGUCGAAGUCCCUUGGUGAAAAUCUGACACUCAUGGGAACAUCAGACCCCAAGACUGUUCUCGCCACAUCGUGGCUUUUCCUCAAUUCUUCCGUCUCCGAAGGACUUCCACUCGCUUUAGGAGAGGCAGCACUUACUGGAGUUCCAGUCGUGUGUACUGACGUGGGAGCCUCUUUGCGAGUCCUCACAGACAAAGACGACGGCUCACGAUUCAGUGAAGUUGUUGCUCCUAACGACGCGCAAUCACUUGCACGAGCCCAAAUCAACAUUUUAGCAAUGAUAGGCGAGUGGGCUAAGUACGCAGACGACAAGCCCGGCGAGAAAGCUCCCGUAUUACCAUUCAAGCCAGGUCCAGAAGACGUGGCUAUCAUCACAGCACGUAUGUACGAGAAGAAAACGCAAAGACGAAAGCUCGGUCUCAUGGCACGCAAUAUUGUGCAAAAGGCGUUUAGUGGUGAGCGCUAUCUCCGUGAGCAUGAACAGAUGUUGUGGAUUGGAAAAUGUACAUCCAUCCAGAAGAAGGGCGAAGACAUGGAAGAGUUCAGCUCAGGACACCACGAGGUCUUCUCCCCCGCCACGACCCUCAUCGCUCCAACGGCCAUGUGGUCUCGUACCCGGCCAUCGUCUGGUAGAACGUCCUUCUCCAGUGCCAACGACGACGAUAACAACUCCAUCAGAGAAUCCUUAUGGGGUAAUUCACCAGCUGGGAAUCCACCGAAGAGUCCGACAUCGCCUCAGGGGUUCGGAAAUCCAGGUGGCUUGAGUCCAAACGGCUCUAAUGAAAAUCUGCCUUUGUGGGCAAACCGCCCAAGGAGUGUUAGUAGGGGCAGGAGUCCUAAGCCAUGGGCUAAAGAGCACGCUUACUCGAGGAGUAACUUGUCAACUGUAUCUACAUUUGUUUGAGGUUCGGGUUUUCGUCGUGUAGCAAAAUAGAAGAAUAGAAGAGCAAUCGAUAAUGUUUACGAUCAUGU